ACAACUCAAAUCAUUCUUCUCCUAAAUAGGUUCUACUUCCUCAGCUGAUCUCAUAAUCUUUUCAAUUUGUACUCCAUCCCCAAUGGCUUCUCAUGUUCUUUUGCUAGGGCUCUUGGCUGUAAGUUGUUCCAUUGCCCUAACAUCUGCUGAAAGCCCUCUUCAAGACUUCUGUGUUGCAGAUCUUACGAGCACCGUUGUAGUGAAUGGCUUUGUUUGCAUAGACCCGAGUCUCGUAGAUGCAAACAAUUUCUUAUUCAGCGGGUUGCAAAUAAAAGGGAACACAACGAAUGCACUUGGAUCAGCGGUUUCACUAGUAACAGUUUCGCAAUUGCCCGGACUUAAUACACUUGGCAUCGCCAUGGCCCGUAUUGACUAUGCACGGGGGGGCGUCAUCCCUCCCCAUACACAUCCACGAGCCACUGAAAUCUUUACUGUUAUCAAAGGCACUAUCGAUGUCGGGUUUGUCACCUCGGCAAAUAUUCUCCUAACUAAGGUACUUAAUGAGGGCGAUGUGUACGUGUUUCCCCAGGGUCUAGUGCACUAUCAGCGUAAUGUUGGCCAUGGUCAUGCAGUUGCUAUCGUAGGCUUAAGUAGCGAAAAUCCCGGUCUGAUUGUCAUUCCUAAUAAUUUGUUUGGGUCGAAACCAGCAAUCCCUACUGAUGUUCUCGAAAAGUCAUUCCAAGUGAGUAAGACUGUAGUUGAGGGUAUCGAGUCUAAGCUCUGAGGAAUGAUGUGAAACUACUUGAAGAAUUAGGUACGAUAUCAAAGCCAAGUGUUGAUGAACAAACGUCUUGUUUAAGUUUCCUUUUCAGCAUUUCAAGUUGUAAUUUAGUAUGAAAAAAAAAUGUUAUUCGUUGGUUGUAUACCAAAUAUUAAUAAAAUUGUACGUUACAUGCUUUUGUUAUUUUGAAUA